AUGCUAAUAUCAAUUAGCACUUCGCCAUCAGUCUAUAUCAUAUACAGCACCUUGGUGGCAAACUAUGACUGCGAUACAUAUUCUGCGCCCAAUCUAGGUACCAUCUAUGACGAAGUCACGAUUGGAUACCCACGGGACGCCCUGUCAGCUGGCGUAUGCUACCAUACCGAUUGGAGGUCGAUUGAUUACACGGAAUUAUACUACCCUCCGCCCGAUCGCGAGGUGGUCACGCAAGCUGCGUGUUCUAUGGAUUACAGAGAUCCGCGUACUGUAGACUCGUCCAAGAUCCCGGCUGGUACUCCAAUAUUUUCUAUUCCCGGCGGUGUCUCGAAAGUCGAUCCUCUUUGGAGCACUUGCACUCCUGCGGCUCCUCGGAGAUACGACCCUCCCCGAGCGCUGACCAAGACUAGAAAUCUUGCCGUCGGGACUGGCGCUCUCAGCACGGCAAAUGUAGCAGAUGUUGGGCAGGUUUCUCAACAUCCGAACUCUCAAGAUCUCGGCGCUGCAAGUGGAGGCGAUCCAGUCUCUACAAAAGGAAAGCAAGACGGUGAUUCAGGGUCACAACAGGCUCCAGGCGCGAAAGGCAAUCAACCAGAUCCUCGAAACCCCGGCACUUCUGAUUCUCCCAGCGUAGGGAGUGGAGGGAAUUCGGCCUCUGUGCAUCUCUACAGGAGACUCCUGGUGGAGGCCUUGAAUUAG